AUGGAAGAAACAGUUGCCGAUCUUCGGCGUCAGCUUCAGGAAGAGAGACGGGCGCGAGAAGAGGCAGAGUUGCGACUGCAACCAAACACACUGUUUCGCCUUCUCGAUCGCUGUCACCACUCCCUGUCGCAAGCGAUCCAAGUCGAGACGGAUGCGACUCUGACGACCCAGGGCGACGCGACCAACCCAGCCAAUCGACUUUACCCCAAGCGCAUAGUCCCUUGGCUUGACUUCCCCCAACUCCAAGAGCAAGUAUGGAGGAAAUUCGACCGCACGGCUGCCUUUACCUCGCGCCCCCUCUUCCCUUCUGAUGAUCAAAUCGAUUAUGUCGUUAGGAAUAUUAGGAACAAGCCGAUUUACUCAGAAGCGUCCCUUCGAAAUUUUGAACGAGACACGGUGGAUAACUUUGUUGAAAUGAUUAUUGAGGCGCUGCGAGACGAUGAACUUCGAGACGAGUUUCAAAUCCAGGGCCGAGUCAUCUUCUACGACCGCGCAAACCCAUCGGAAAUGUCGCUGGAGAAUAGCCUGGAGCAAAUGAACCUCCAGGACGUGCGGACGCCCCAACGCCUAGCGAAUACCAGGCAUGGAAGAGGCAGGGGAACGGGGAAGGGUGCCACACAGAGACAGACGAGGGCUGGUACUUCACGAAGACGCAAUCGACGCGCCGAUCAGUUUUGCGUGCACACUGUGGCCAACGAGCUACAAAAACCUGUGUAUGCGGUGGAGUUCAAAGCGCCGCACAAAGUGACCAUUCCCGAAUUAGUGGCGGGUCUACAUGAGAUAGACCUGGCCCGAGAUGUUAUUAAUCAGGAAGGCGACUCGUUUGAGUUUCAUGCCACGCGACUUGUCGCUGCUGUGAUCACUCAGGUCUUCUCAUACAUGAUUGACAGUGGUGUUCAAUACGGGUACAUCUGCACUGGGGAGGCCUUUGUUUUCCUCCAUAUUCCGACGGAUCCCACAGUUGUCCAAUAUUUCUUGUGCGUCCCGAAUCAAGACGUGCAGGCAGAGGAUGAGCGCCGUCUGCACCGGACCGCAAUAGGUCAGGUGCUUGCAUUCACUCUCCAAGCACUCGCCGCCGAUGCUCCACUUCAAGAGUGGCACGAUACAGCAAGGAACCUUUCGACUUGGGAGAUAGAAUAUUUGGAUGUCUUGCGAGAUAUUCCCGAAACGGUUCGCAGAGAGCCGCCGGCCUCCAAUUAUUUGCCCUCGAAGUGGAAACCAUAUCCGAAAACCCACAACACACGCUCUCGAGCGCGCUGUCAACCAGAGUUAUCCACUCCAAAACGUUCGUCGAGUGAAGGCAGCGGCAGUGAUGAGGAAUCGCCUUCACCUUCUACCACGGCAGCCGUGCGCAGUCGCUCGAGUCGUGACCAAGGCAAAAAGCAUCAACCGACUGGCGGACGCGGGAGGACACAAUCAGGCCGGGACUCUCGAAAGCACAGACAGACUACACGACCCUACUGCACUAUGGCCUGCAUCCGAGGUAUAAUCAACCGGGAACCUCUAGAUAAGGGGUGCCCCAACCUCCAAGAUCACUUGCAACAUUCUAGUGAUCAGAGACAUUCGAUGGGCCCGCAAGAGUUCACGCGCAGGCUACACCGUCAGCUCGUACGGAAUCGCAAUGAGGGAUUUGAACCACUGCACGUCUGUGGCCGGACGGGCUAUCUCGUGAAAGCGACCAUGUUAUCUCACGGAUACACUGUGGUCAUCAAGGCUACUACGGCAGAGAAGCAGCGUGUCCUUCAAACCGAAGUGGAUAAUUACCGCCACCUCCGAAGCUUGCAGGGUCAGCAGAUUCCCGUCUGUCUUGGGGCCUUUAAACCGCGGGUCACAUAUUGGUACCACGGCGAAUUAAUGGCGCAGAUGAUGAUCCUGAGCUGGUCUGGAAUCCGGCUUCAGCGUGUGGUUAAUGACGAUAAUUCCGGUUUCUUCGACAAGGAGCGCAAGAAAGCUCUGGCCGUGCUCCGAUCACACGGAGUUGUCCACAACGACAUCGAAUGGCGCAAUACGCUGUGGGAUGAACUAAGUGGCCGCAUGGUUAUCAUUGACUUGGAGGAUGUGAAAUGGUUGAAGCGGCCGCGGGCCCUUGAACCGAUUUCUGGGAACACAAGUCGUGUUCAUCGCGCCGGGGCGGAGAAAAGCAGGAAAAGGCUCCCGUCCAGCUCAACUGCUGUCUGCACAUAA